AUGAUUGAAGGAAAACAGAAAAUGGCUCUAAACAUGCCCAUGUCAUUUGAAAGAUCUUUAAAAGAAAAUAAAGCGUAUUUGUUUUUAAAUCUUAUAGGUUGGAUUAAUGAUGAAAAACCAAUCAAAUUAGCAUUUCAAUUUAUGAGUCAACGUGAUUUUCAAACACCACUUGAUGAAGAAGAUGCAGCAGCACGUGUUCUUGAUCCAAUUAUUAAUACUUAUCGUCAAUUAGCUGACGGUAAAACUGAUAUUGAUAUUCCAUAUGGAUGUUUUCUAAAAGAUUAUCAUCCAUGUAAUUGGUAA